CGAUCAGCCAAGCCCGGCCCAGAGACAGGGAGACCUGGAAGUUGCCAGCACUGACCCUGAUCACCAUUUGUAGUGAAUUCUGUCAUUCCUUGACGCAACCUCAGGCUGUCUGCCACCUCCUCGGCCAGCUACCGUGGCCCUGGUGGCACCCCACCACCGCAGUGGUCAGCCCCAUGCAGUCCCCGGUGGCCCCAGCUGAAGGCCUGGGCAGUGGCGGUGGCGGCGGCUCUGCCCUCCCAGCCUUCAAGUUCCAGCCUCGCCGUGGGAGCCUCGACUGGAGGCGCAUCAGCGCCCUGGACGUGGAGCGGGUGGCGCGGGAGCUGGACGUGGCCGCCCUGCAGGAGAACAUAGCCAGCGUGACCUUCUGUGACCUGGGCCGCGAGGCCUGCAGCCGCUGCGGCCACCCCGUGGACCCCGCUCUGCUCAAGGUGCUGCGCCUGGCCCAGCUGACCAUCGAGUACCUGCUGCACUGCCAGGACUGUCUGAGCGCCAGCGUGGCCCAGCUGGAGGCCCGGCUGCAGGCCAGCCUGGGCCAGCAGCAGCGGGGCCAGCAGGAGCUGGGCCGCCAGGCCGACGAGCUCAAGGGCCUGCGCGAGGAGAGCCGGCGCCGGCGCAAGAUGAUCAACACCCUGCAGCAGCUGCUCCUGCAGACAGGCGCGCACAGCUACCACCCGUGCCACCUGUGUGACAAGACCUUCAUGAACGCCACCUUUCUGCGGGGCCACCUGCAGCGGAGGCACGCAGGCUUGGCGGACGGUCGUGGCGGUGGUGGCGUUGGAAGGCAACAGCAGCAGCAGCAGGAGCGACCUCUGGAGGAGGCCCUGGAGGAGCUGCGGGCCAAGCUCAAGGACACCCAAGCCGAGCUGGAGGCCCAGCGGGAGGCCGAGAGGCAGAGGCAGCAGCGGGAAGUGGAGAUCAUGCGCCAGAGAGAAAUGGAAGCUAAGAAAGAAUUUGAAGAAUGGAAAGAAAAAGAGCGAAGCAAGUUUUAUGGGGAAAUAGACAAGCUGAAACAAUUAUUCUGGGAUGAAUUUAAAGUUGUUGCCAACCAGAACUCUACGCUAGAAGAGAAAACAGAGUGGAAGAGGAAAAUGAAGCAACUUCACAGAGAACGGUCAGCGGAAAGGAGAGAGCCCGUGUCCAGGGUCACGGCUCCACGUCCAGGCCGCAAGGGGGCCUGCAAGGUGCCCAAGGCCACUUCCCUCUCUGUGAUUCCAGCCAAAGGCCAGCAGAGGGCACCAGCCCCCGGACAGACCCGGCCGAAGAGCCGCCAGCCGGCAGAGCCCCCCAGCACCCUCACGACCACCCCCACCCCACGCCCCAGGCCUCAGGCAGCCUCCCCGGCCACCCCGGCCACCCCGGCCACCCCGGGACUCAGGCUCAGCAGCACACCCCCCUUCAGCUCCCCCGAAGAGGACUCAGGGGAAGAUGGAGUCCAGCAGAUGGCGCCCCUGCCCCCCAGAGCUCCGUCCAGGCCAGCGCCCCCACCCCAACAAGUCGUGGACUGGUCAGACACUGAUUUCUCAGAGGAAGAGGAGGAUGGCCGGGGUUCCGGGGGCCUGGCUUCCUCAGGAACCCUGGUGCAGUCCCUGGUCAGAAGCCUUCAGAAGCAGCUCGAGGCGCCGGCCAAGAAGCCUGCGGGCGGGGUCAGCGUGUUCUCCAGGCCACAGAGCGCGGCCACGGUGCCCACGGCCACGGCCACGGCGGGAGGGGGGCGGCAGCUUUCUGAGGAGGAGAGCGAGCUGGAGCUGUCUUCGCUGGAAGAUCUCUCGCGGCCCCACUCCCCGCCCCACGCCAGCCCCCCGGAGCGGGGUCACCCCGGCCCCCGGCCCUGGGGUCCCCACAGGGUCCCCGCCUGGUGACUC